AUGCGGCCCAUCCUGGCCUUGGCCGGCGUUUCAGGCGCUUUGGGGGUCAGCUUCUCCGGCGUCUUCGGGGACUUCGCGGUGUUGCAGCGGGAGCCCAGCAAGGCCGCGCUCUUCGGUGAUGCGGGCAAUGCCAGCUCCGUGAUUGUGACCCUGGGCACUCUGCGUGUGCAGGCCACGGUGAAAGAUGGCCGGUGGCACGCCCGGCUGCCUGCGCAGCCACCGGGGGGCGACUGGACCAUCACAGCCUCUGGGGGCAACGCGACGGCGGAGCUGCGCCACGUGACCUUCGGCGAUGUGUGGUACUGCAGCGGCCAAAGCAACAUGGCGCUGCCGCUGCAGUACACCAUGUCGAGGCACCGGAGUCUCGAGGCGAUCCAGGCUAACAAGUACGGGAACAUCCGCAUCCAUGGUAUGAGCGGGAACAUGAACCCCACACAGCCCUGGGCCAAAGUCUCCGAUGCCAUCCGCAGCCCAUCGACCUGCGACAAGGGCUGCGCCUUUUUUAAGUAUUCCUCUACGUGCUGGUACUUUGCAGAGAGUCUAUCAGAUCGUUUGGGCGAUGUGCCCCUGGGGAUGAUUCACACCGCCUGGGGCGGCAGCACGAUCGAAGAAUGGCUGGACAACAAGACCAUCGCCAGCUGCCGCAAUGCUACCAUCACCUCGGGCAAUCAGCAAUACCACGACAAGAGGGUCCUGCCCUACGUGGAUAUGGCUCUAAAGGGCUGGAUCUGGUAUCAGGGCGAGAACGACAUGCACGGUGUCCACGGCAACUCGGCGCUGGGCUACGGCUAUGGGUGCCUGGCGCAGCGCCUGGUGAGCUCCUGGCGGUCCUUGUGGCGCCAGCCAGAAGCCCCCUUUGGCUUCGUCACCUUGGCUCCCAGCGGCUCGGAGGGCGGCAACUCCAUGGGCGCCAUGCGCUGGGCGCAGACUGCCAACUUCGGGGUGGCGCCCAACCCGGCAAUGCCGUUCUCGUUCAUGGCGCAAGCUUUCGACUUGAACGACCCCUUCAGCAACAUCACCUGCUAUCGCAAGGGCUGCUGCUCGGGGAGCCCGCAUGGCGACUGCAACGGCUGCGGCGGCCCAGGGGGCUACUGUGCCAAUCUCAGCGACACCAACUACUACAUGGGCCCCAUCCACCCCCGUGACAAGAAGCCGGUGGCCGCCCGCCUGGCCCAAGCGGCGCUGGUGGUCGCCUACGGGGCUCAAGGCAGCUUCACGGGGCCCACACUUGCCGGGUGCCGAGCCAACGGCGAAAACGCGGCCCGCUUGGCGUUUUUGGCGUGUCGUGGUUUGACGGGUUUCCGUUUCCCAAAAGGGGGAGGUUUGAAAAUCCUUCCAUGGGCUGAAAUGCAUAUCAAGGGCCCCUAUAAUCCCUAUAGUCUUCACCCCCUCCCAGGGCCCACGACAUGCUUGGCAUUCAGUUUUGUCUCACCUUUGCGCCUGCUGCACUCGCUGAGACACUGUGCUACGAUGACAUAUGCGGGCAAGAGUUUCGGCGAAACUCUCGACAGCGGAUAG